UGACCGGCACACCGGUUCAGACCACACCGCAUGCACAUUUUCAUGCUACUUCGCUGCGCUCAUCCGCAUGAAAAACAGUUUCACAUACUCCUAGAUAUUUGACAUGGCGACCGGUUUGGACAGCCUUCAGAAGACCGAGGCGGAGCGAGCAAACCAGCGGGCCAGAGAGAACCUCGCGGCCAGCUAUCGUGGUCUAGAAUACUACGGGCUGGCAGAAGGCAUAUGCAAUCACCUAUCACUAAGGGCACCGGCACGCAAUGGCAAGGGAGAUGUCAUGCUGCUUGUACCGUAUGGGAUACAUUGGAGCCAGAUGACGGCAAGCAGCCUGAUAGGUAUUGACAUGCAAACGGAAGAAGUCGUCGAGGGUGAGGGAAUUGGAGAAGAAAAUGCCGUCUCCAUUCACGUGCCUAUUCACAGAGCUAUGAAGGAUAUCAAUUGCGUUAUGCACAUCCACGCACCUUACGCCACUGCUCUCUGCUGCUUAAAGGAACCUCGGCUGAAAAUGAUCCACCAGACCUGCAUGCGAUUCUACGGCAAAGUUGCCUACGACUCCGAGUACGGGGGCGCGGGUUGCAUGGGUGACGAAAGCGUCAGGCUGGCUAGCAAGAUGGCGGGAAAGCAGAUCCUCGUUAUGGGCAACCACGGCAUAAUGGGAAUCGGCAAGUCGGCCGCCGCCGUCUUCGAUAAUCUUUACUACUUUGAGAGGGCUGCCAUGACUCAGAUGCUAGCGGAUGCAACAGGAAAAGAGCUUGCCGAGGUGAGCGACGAGGUUGCUAAGGGCGUGGCCGAGUACUUUGACAGUUGUGGGGACUCCUUCAAAAUUGACCACCUUGAGGCUAUCAAGAAAGUGUUGGAAAAGAAGGAACCCGAUUUUCGUUCUUAAGAUAACAAGACAUGUAACGGUGGCUUCACUUUGUUCAGGGAAGACGACUGGAUAUUUUUUUAAAAAGUCAUUUUUAUCUAAAUACCGGUCAUAUUGUCUUAAGCCAGUAAUAUAUCACAGACUGGUUUUAAUUACAGGUAAAGAUCCAUAAGAUGAAUUCUUAUUCUGAAAUCUUUGCUAAGGUUAAAAUGUUUUGUUUCCUAUGUAUUAUUAGGUCCAUUAAAAUCAGUAAAACCUUCCUAAA